GCGCGACUUACGGGCGACCACUCUGGCGGAUCGCUAAUUGGAUUGAUUGCUGGGCAGAGACACACCCGCGUCUCGACAACCCCUCUGCCAUGGCGUCGCCAUUAUUAAACCGGGCACCAUGCCUGGUGUGCCUCAGGAGGAUAACACAGGUGGGCAACGCAUCUGUCACCCCCUUCUUCAGGCAGAUGCGGAAGAAGAGCAACAAGCCAAACAAGAACACCGGCAUCAUCGUGCGACUGCUGGUCGACAUGAAGGGCUAUGGCAAGCAAGGCUCCAUCUUCCGCAUACAACGAGGCAUCAUGCGCAACCUCUGGUACCCGACCAAGAAGGCCGAGUUCAUGACAGACACCCGCAUGAAGCAGCUUGGUCUGACCAAGGACGACGUCGGCCAGCGCGAUCCCAUGUUCGGAAUGCAGCUCGAGUUUGAGGAGGAGCUCAUCGACGACGCCGUCGAGGCGGUCGCCGGCCUCCCUCGCGGCGCAAUUCCCCUCGGCUCUGCGGCUGGACAACCUGCACUCGAGUCACCUAGCCCUGCGCCAGCUGUGGAGAUUGAGCAUGUUGCUCCCAACCGCGCCCUCGAACUCCUCACCACCAUGAUCCCCGACCCCAUCAUCAUCGAACGGCACCUGAAACACCUCCCGUCAAACACCAGCCCCGGCAACACCACCACCCAACCACAGAGCAAAGAGCCAGAGCAGCCCAAGGUCCUCACGCCCCUCGAGAGGCGCCGGGCCAAGAUGCUCGAGGCCCAGAAGGGACCCCAGCCAGAGAAGACGCCCGAGGAGGCCGAGGCGGAGCGCAGGGCCGAGGAGGCCGAGGCAGAGAGGGAGCGCAUCCGCGCCGAGGAGGAGGCUGAGAGGGCCAAGGAGAUCUACGGGUCCGUGUCGGUGCGCGACGUGGCGUCCUACAUCAAGGACAAGAUGCUGCUGGACCCGGAGGCCUCGCGGAUCCACGUCCAGCCCGAGGAGAUCAGCAUCGUUGGGCUCGCCGAGGGCGUCGACAAGGUCGAGAAGGUGGGCAGCUUCCAGAUCGAGAUCAGGACGCACGUCGGGCGGGACAAGGUCGAACCCGUCAGGAGGACCGUCGAGGUCGUCGCUGCCUAGGUGGAUGCCAUUGUACCUCUGUAGAUUAUGGUGCUAGUUUCACACGUCGGCCUUGUGUGUGUGUGCGCACGUAGAGGUAGCUCAAUACACACAAAUUCUGGCUGAA